AUGGACUGCGUUAACAAAACCACCAUUAUUACUACUUCACAAACUUUAGCUUCUUCAUCUUUUUCUGCCGGUGGAAGUACGGCUGCUCCUCCAUCAUCUCCGCCAGUUGUUCCGAUAACACCUUGCGCAGCCUGCAAAAUCCUCCGCCGGAGAUGCAUCGAUAAAUGUGUGUUGGCACCGUACUUUCCGCCCACGGAGCCCCUCAAGUUUACCAAUGCUCAUCGAGUCUUUGGUGCCAGCAACAUCAUCAAAUCAUUGCAGGAACUUGGGGAGGAUCAAAGAGCAGAUGCAGUGAAUAGCAUGGUGUAUGAGGCAAAUGCAAGGAUCAGAGAUCCAGUGUAUGGCUGCGCAGGUGCAAUUUGGCAGCUGCAGAAACAAAUUAGUGAUCUUCAAGCACAACUUGCCAAGGCUCAAGUAGAGAUGUUGAAUGUGCAGUCACAAAACGCCAAUUUGGAGAUGUCACAAAAUCAAGUAAACAAAGAUAAGAAUGAUGCACAAUUUUAUGGAAAUACCAGCCUCUUUUUGGAAGACAAUAGUGUAUAUGCAGCUUGGGAACCACUUUGGACAUGA